AAGAACUGUUUGGUUUGACAAAAGAGAAGUUUCUAAUGUACCGUUAAGCUUUCCAGAAAGUGAAACUGGAAUGGAGCUGAAGGCUUAACUGUUGAGAGAGAAGAUAUCGUCCUGCGUUUCUUUCCAAUUAAUGUUCGCUAGUUAAGUGAAUUGAACUCUGGGAGGCUCCUUUCUGAUGACAAUGUUGAGCUGCUUCUUCUGCUGUGUGGGGAUCGAUGAUUGUGGAUGCCCUCCUCUUAUCUGGACAAUGUAAACUGGAUGUUGUGCCGUUCUAAGGGGGCGCUAGUUUUAGCCAUGGCAGAGAAGAGACGGGUGGGCUACAGCGUGCACAGGGAGAUCCUGGACGAGGGAGAAGUGGAUGAGAUGGCACAAAAGUCUGUCUCAAAAACCUCUCUAUCUGAGCAGGUCAAAAAGUCAAUGAGCUGUUCUGGUCCCAGGUUGAAGAACUGCCUGCUGGGUAGCGUUCCUGUUAUGUCAUGGCUGCCUCGUUACUCCAUCAGAGAAAACGCCCUGGGUGACCUGAUCUCUGGAAUCAGUGUGGGGAUUAUGCAGUUGCCGCAGGGUAUGGCCUAUGCCCUGUUAGCAUCUGUUCCUCCAGUCUUUGGCCUUUACUCCUCCUUCUACCCAGUCCUCGUCUACUUCAUCUUUGGCACAUCCAAGCACAUCUCACUCGGAACAUAUGCUGUCAUGAGUGUGAUGAUAGGAGGGGUGACCGAGCGAUUGGCCCCAGACUCCAACUUUAUGAUAUGGGACAAUUUGACCAACUCAAGUAUAGUUAAUAUCAGCUCCCGGGAUGCAGAGAGGGUCCGAGUGGCUGCAGCUGUCACCUUUAUGUCCGGAUUAUUUCAGAUUCUACUCGGUCUAGUCCAGUUUGGUUUCGUUGUGACCUACCUGUCUGAGCCUUUGGUCCGAGGUUACACCACAGGCGCUGCCAUCCACGUCAUUGUGUCCCAGCUCAAAUACACCUUUGGCAUCAGCCCUAAGAGAUACAGUGGACCCUUCUCCUUGUUAUAUACUGUGUUGGAGAUAUGCUAUCUCAUUCCAGAGACAAAAAUUGGUACUCUUGUGGUCAGUAUUGUUGCUAUAUUAGGCCUGAUCUUUGCUAAGGAGCUCAACACAUACUUGAGUAAAAAAAUACCUGUUCCUAUCCCUGUGGAGCUGAUUAGUAUUGUUAUUGCUACAGUGAUCUCCUGGCAAGUUAACUUGCAGGAGAAAUAUGGAGUGGAUGUGGUGGGCGUGAUUCCCUCAGGCCUCCAGCCGCCUGUUCUCCCAGCUGCCUCUCUGUUUGGUCAGGUGAUCGGGGAUGCCUUCGCUCUGUCUGUGGUUGGCUACGGCAUCGCCAUCUCACUGGGAAGAAUCUUCGCCCUAAAAUAUGGAUAUAAGGUGGACAGCAACCAGGAACUCAUUGCCCUGGGUCUGAGUAACACCAUCGGAGGAUUUUUCCAGUGUUUCGCCAUCAGCUGCUCCAUGUCUCGCACCAUGGUUCAGGAGAGCACAGGAGGGAAGACUCAGGUUGCCGGGGCUCUAUCAGCAAUAGUUAUCCUUUUCAUCACGCUCUGGAUUGGAACUCUCUUUGAAGAUUUGCCGAAGGCAGUGCUGGCCGCCAUCAUCUUUGUUAACCUCCAUGGCAUGAUGAAGCAAUUUAUGGACAUCCCUGCACUGUGGAGGAGCAACAAAGUAGACAUGCUGAUCUGGGUGGUCACCUUUAUCCUCACCUUGCUAUUCAACCCUGACCUGGGACUGGCUGCUGCCAUCGCUUUCUCCAUGCUCACAGUCAUCUUCAGGACACAGCUACCUAAAUACUCCAUAUUAGGGCAGAUACCAGGCACUGACAUUUACAGGCCACUUGAGGACUAUACUCAGGUGAAGCAGGUGCCAGGGAUUUUGAUCUUCCGUUCCUCUGCCACCAUCUACUUUGCUAAUGCUGAGAUGUACCAAGAAGCCCUUGGAGAGAAGUCUGGCAUUGACAUUACCAAGAUCCUGUCAGCAAAGAAGAAACUAGAGGCCAAAAGAAAGCGACAUGAGAAGAAAAAUGCCAAGAAAGCUGCCAAGAAGAACACAGUGGACAUGAAGGGGGAGAAAGAGAGGGAGGAGCAGAAUGGCAUUGCCAUCAUUGAGAUGGUUGCUGAGCCCGACCCCUCGCUCCCCAGAGCCAUCGUUCUCGACCUCAGCCCUGUCAACUUCCUGGAUACCGUGGGAGUCAAGGCGCUACGCAGCAUCCAGAGAGACUAUGGGGAGAUUGGUAUACAGGUUGUUCUUGCUGGCUGCCAAACUGGUGUUGUGGACAACCUGCAGACUGGAGGUUACUUUAACGACAAAGUGACAAAGUCCUGUCUCUUCUCCACUGUCCAUGAUGCUGUUUUGCACUGUCAGUCUGCCAGAACACACAGACAAAAUGAGAAGAUCACGGCGACACAUUUGUGAAUGCUCAGAGGAACGGAUGGAGGGACACCAGACAUUCUGUCUGUAUGAGGAUAAACACACACAAACGCAAAAAAUAAAUAGGGAAGCUUCUCAAUGAAUGGGAAUUUUCAUUUCCUUUCCAAACAGUCGGUUUAGAUUUUAAUUUUCUAAGGAAGACAUUUGAUUUGGUGACGAACAAUACAUACCGCAUACUUCUGAAAAAAAACCUGUACUUAAUGAAACUGAUGCUUCAAAUAUGGAUGCAGGGUGUUCUCCUUUCCUGUCUUACUGGGACCGGCUGCUUCAUUCACACUCAGACUUCAGUCUGCAUCAUGUUUAUCUACAGACGUGUUCAGUGAAUGUGUUUAUACUGUAUAAGGUUGUUCUCUGAGACAGUACUUCUGUCGGAUGUUGCAGUUGCUCAUUAUAGUAGCUCAAGCACAGAGAAUGUAGUGCCCCUGAUGAAACUGCAUAUGUACAGAUACAAUCCGCCAUGUUUUGAUCAGGACGUUUUUUCCCCCAGUUUAAAGUCACACAUGUACAUGGGAACAAAAAGAUGAUAAAAAAAUGGAAUUCAGUUGGUCUGGAAGUGACAAAUCCAUUUUUUUAUCAUUGUUUUGUUCCCGUGUCCAUGUGUGACUUUAAUUUGUUUAACUGUUUGUUUCAUUUUUAGAGAGAAAAAAAUGUCUGUAAGCAGUUAGAGGGGCAGGAAUGGAUUCAUUUCCUCCACAAAUAUUUGCAAACACAUCAGUCCUAUGGUAACUAAAACCAGGUAUGAGUCAUUGUUUAUUGGAAGAGGAACACUGAAUCUUGUUUAGUCAUACAAAAAAAAACAUUUUCCAUUAAUGGCUUUUAUUUAAAAUGCCUUUUAUUUUCCUUGGAACUUAAACGGACAUCCUUUUCUCUACCUAUCUUGUCCUUCCUUGUUGGCUGUGUUGUUUUCAACCUUUGUUCCAGGAUAGGGACGGGUGGAGGUGAGCAGGCUUCCCCUGGCCUGCUGACUGAUAAUAUUGUCAUUUGUUUUUGCUUUGUCUCACCACUCCCUCACACAGCAUACUGUCAGUUAGUCAGCCUGCCUACUGAAUGAAACACUCUAUUGUUAUGUCAGUUUACCUAAU